GUGUAAACAGGAAGUGUUGCUGAGUAAAUGAGGUCAACCUGUGUGAAGAGUGAUCAUGGGAAAGAGCUGUAAGGUGGUGGUGUGUGGCCAGGCGUCUGUGGGGAAGACGGCGAUCCUUGAACAGUUACUGUAUGGAAAUCAUGUUGCUGGUUCCGAGCCCAUGGAGACGCUGGAGGACAUCUAUAUCGGCUCGGUGGAGACGGACCGGGGCACGAGGGAGCAGGUGCGUUUCUACGACACACGGGGUUUGCGCGACGGAGUCGAGUUCCCGCGCCAUUACUUCGGCUUCGCUGACGGCUUCGUGCUCAUCUACAGCAUCGACAGCAAAGAGUCGUUCAAGCGCAUGGAGGCCCUGAAGAAAGAGAUCGACCGCUGCCGUGACAAGAAAGAGGUGACGAUUGUGGUGUUGGGGAAUAAGCUGGACGUGGCUGAGCAGAGGAGAGUGGACAGUGAGGCGGCUCAGCAGUGGGCUCGCCAGGAGAAGGUCCGGCUCUGGGAGGUUUCCGUGACAGACAGGCGCUCUCUCAUCGAGCCCUUCGUCCACCUGACCAGCAAGAUGACCCAACCACAGAGCAAGUCCACCUUCCCUCUGAGCCGCAACAAGAACAAGAGCAGCGGCUCUCAGGACAGCUAGACGGGGAGGGAGGGAACGAAAAAGUGGGCGAAGCGAGAGGAGACACACUGGACACUAACAUGAAGAACUGAUGUUUUGUUUUGUUUUUCCCUUGGAUGAAUGAAUGCAUGCUUGAUGAAUAAUUUAAAUUGUGUAUUUGACACAUAUUAUAUGGCUUUCUGUCGAAUUAGCCAAUGUUUUUAUGUUUUUAGUCUUUUAGUGUUUAUCUUGCUGUAUAAAAGACACACAUUUACCCCAAAUCAGUGCUGCUUGUUUGUAAAAUCCUAAGUUACUGACUUCAUGCUGCUUCUCAGUCUGAGUUUUUGCGCUUGCCUCUUCCUGACAUUCCGUUAUCUUCUAAUAUAGCGUGUUUAUUUCCUCGGCUUCAACAUGGUAGUAAAUGCUUUGUGAAAGCGUGGGAUUAUUUCUGUACAACGUUAUCAGCUUUCUUCAGCCUCACGUCAAUGCUGUUACUAUAGAAAGUAGUUCAACCCUUAAGAUCUCCCUUUCAGUGUGUGUGAGGAGUUCAGAGCACAUACUUUGGCUAACAAAUUAAAACUUUGCAGUGCUGCAGCCCUUGGGGUUGCAUAUAC